AUGGGUGUAACCCUCCAAGCCAUCACCUUCAGGGCCUCCUCCCAGCACCGCCAGCAGGAAAACCCCGUUGCUGUCGUCAACGUCGCCCGGAGAAACAAGAAACCCAAGAAGAGCAGGGCCGCUGCGGCGAGGCAAAGGCGGAGGUGGUGGAGGCUGUGCAGGGACGAGUGUGACUCCAGAAGGGCAUCUCUUGGGGAGUACUUGGAGGUGGAGAGGAGGUUCGGGGACGGCGGUGGUGCUGGCGGACCGGCUGUGGAGCUCGAGGAAGGGCUUGUUCAGGAGCUUCCAAGAAAUGGGCGGGCUUUAUUUGCCGACGGGAGGGUCCUGCCUCCGGUUGAUGUGGUGGAAGAGUCGUCGCCGGCCGCUGCGGCCGGGCUUUGUAGAUUCUCGGCGGUGGAGCGGUGGUGUAGUUUAGUGUAA